AUGAACAAGCUACUCAAGAGGGCACACUAUGUGCCCGCUGUGGUACUGCUGGCUUAUGUUGCUCUCUUGGCGUUGAUGACUAUCCCAGCAAUUCAACGAGAGUUCCUUUUCUUACAUCAUGUACCGAUACCUUUGCUUCCUGAUUUCGAUAGCCCAGAAAAGUAUGGACUAGGGCCAUUCAAGACUAGGAAUUUACGAUUGAACACAUCGGACGGAGUUGAAAUCGGAGCAUGGCACGUUUUACCGCGAAGUGUGUAUCAAUCCUUGAACUCAUUCCCUCCAGAUUCUCUACCUGGGGAUGAGCUGUUCGAGCAUGCUUUUGUCCAACGCCCAACGAUACUAUACUUUCAUGGCAAUGCAGGUACCAGGGCGGUCUCACAUCGUGUCCGAAGCUAUUCAGCUUUCUCGACUAAUCUCGACUGUAACGUGCUGGUGAUAGACUAUAGAGGAUUUGGCGAUUCCACUGGUAGACCCACAGAAGAAGGAUUGAUCAUCGAUGCGAGAACAGCUUAUAAUUACGUUGCGAACUCCCUCGGGAAAGCUGGAUUGACAAAGGAUGAAAUCCAAGAUAUGAUCAUUCUCGCUGGACAGAGUUUGGGUACAGGGGUUGUAUCGGGUCUAGCGGGGCAACUGGCGUCGGAAGGUAUAAAACCAAGAGCUCUGGUUCUUAUAGCUCCUUUUUCUUCUGUCACCGAACUCAUCGUCAGUUAUCGCUUGUUAAAGGUCAUACCUCUUCUUGGACCACUUGCUAUCUUUCCUGCAGCUCAACGUUUCUUCCAAACAUUCUUGCUACAUCCAUUCAACUCUGUCAAGGCCUUAGAGCAAACCUCCUCUCCCACCUUACUCCUCCAUGCAAUCAACGAUAACACCAUCCCAUACUCCCAUUCCGCCCGACUAUUCUCAUCUCUCCUUCACUCUGCAUCUUUGACCGAGGGAUUUGUUCAUGAGACAAGCUAUAAAGGAUGGGGUACUGUACGAUCGAUCGAUAGAGGUGAAAAGGGAGAAGUGAUAUGGUGGGAAGGUCAAAAUGGAGGGCAUGAUAAUUUGGGUUGGGCGGAAGGGACUAUAGAUUUGAUUGCUCGUGUAGCUAAAUUAUAG